AACAAAAAAAUAUCGCCACACCGUUUCGUUUCCCCAAAAUUCUGAUCAGGUACUCCCCGUUCCAGCAUAUCUGCAGACUCCAGGGCCCACUUCCGUAUUCCACAUUCUUCUUCUACGUCUAGUCCACUACGUAAAGACGAAUUCUCACUGAUUUUAGGGUGGAGAUGAAAAUCUGUAUCGUAGUUAUCAUGGUCCCUCACGUAUAGGAUAGCCACAAAAAACAGUAUCAUCAUAAGAGAGCUUAACACUGCAGCACAUUUCGUCUCUGCAAAUUCUCCAGUUCCGAUUACGGCAAUGGAGUCGCGAGUGCUAUCACGCGCAGCCGCUCUCCCUCAGCUCCGGAGGCUCCCACGGGAGAGCGGCGGCAGUGGCUCCUUUUCGUCCGGCCUCCUCUCGAUGAAGGCGAUCAGCGGCGGAGUCGGCGCCGCCAAUCUCAUCUGCGGGAAGCAGCUCCGGCCGUUCCUGCUCCUCGAGGCCAAACGCGAUAUGGCUCUGAAACCUGUUUUCGCCGCCGCAUCCUCGUCUCCGGCCGAGGGAAGCGAUUCCGCCGGCAGGGCAAAGGUUGGCUUCCUCGACAAGUACCCGUUCCUCAUUACCGGGUUCUUCUUCUUCAUGUGGUACUUCUUGAACGUCAUUUUCAACAUCAUGAACAAGAAGAUCUACAAUUACUUCCCCUACCCAUACUUCGUGUCGGUAAUUCACUUGGCGGUGGGAGUCGUGUACUGUCUGAUCAGCUGGGCCGUGGGCCUUCCUAAGCGAGCUCCAAUAGACGGCAACCGGCUGAAGCUGCUGAUUCCAGUAGCGGUAUGCCAUGCUCUAGGACAUGUGACCAGCAACGUCUCCUUUGCAGCAGUUGCUGUCUCCUUCACCCACACCAUCAAAGCUCUUGAACCGUUCUUCAAUGCGGCUGCUUCACAGUUCAUACUCGGGCAGUCGAUCCCCAUAUCGCUGUGGCUGUCUCUUGCCCCUGUCGUCCUGGGUGUGUCGAUGGCUUCACUGACCGAGCUUUCGUUCAACUGGCUGGGGUUCAUCAGCGCCAUGAUCUCCAACAUUUCCUUCACUUACAGAAGCCUUUACUCCAAGAAGGCUAUGACGGAUAUGGACAGCACUAAUGUGUAUGCGUACAUCUCCAUCAUUGCUCUCAUUGUCUGCAUUCCACCAGCCAUUUUCGUUGAGGGACCUCAGCUGAUGAAGUAUGGCUUCAACGACGCAAUCGCCAAAGUUGGAAUGACCAAGUUCGUCACGGACCUAUUCUGGGUUGGACUCUUCUAUCACCUCUACAAUCAGUUGGCCACUAAUACUCUGGAGAGGGUUGCACCGCUGACACAUGCUGUUGGCAAUGUGCUGAAACGUGUGUUCGUCAUUGGCUUUUCGAUCAUUGUCUUCGGCAACAAAAUCUCAACACAAACUGGGAUUGGAACGUGCAUUGCCAUUGCUGGAGUGGCGAUCUACUCGUUGCUCAAGGCCAAGAUAGAGGAGGAGAAACGGCAAAAGAAAGCCGCAUGAGGAAGAAGGAAGCUACGGUUGAUGUGGGAGGAAGCCUGAUCAUCGGCUUGUGUAAAGUCUUUCAGAUAUAUUCUGCUGCUAUAUAUUAUUCUGGGUACUGAACAGAACUUGUGAUCAAGAUGUUCUUUGUCAUUUUCAUUUUUUCCUCUACUUCCUUCUUCUCGCCCUUUUUUUCACCUCAUGCAUCAUUGUUCUUUGAUUCGGAGUAGACGACAAUUUGCAAAUUUGCAAACUCUCAAGUUCUUGUUGACUUGAAAUAAUGUUACUUUCCUUUCUACCUUUCUGGUUAACAGAGAGCAUAUAGCCAUAUACAUAUAUAUCAUGUCACUAGUGCCGUACUUGUUGGAGUUUCCAUUUGCAUGGAGCAAGUAAGAGUCGAACUGACCCGUCCAACCUGACAUGUAUGGGGCGGGCGGGUAUGUGUACUAGUCUUGACCUGACCCGACUCAUUCUCGAUCCGUUAUUGUGUAAAUUAUUUGUAAUUUUAUAGAAAUUAUUUACGAGUUUACUUUUAUUAUAUAAUAUUUUAGCUAUAAUUAAAUGUAAGUAGAUGAGAACCUCAAUUUCUUGAAUAAUUUAACGACA